AUGACCAAAGGCACUGGUCAGAGAUUGUAUCGAGCCUGUACGAGGUGCAGGACACGCAAAGCAAAAUGCGAGUUACAAGAGUUGGACGGUCGCAAACAACCCCCGUGCGUCAAGUGCCUGCGCGAAGGAGCGUCGUGUGUCCUGGCCGGUUCCAGACGGGGAGGCGACUUUUCAAGCCUCCGACGCCCUCGCCGUAGUGAGACAGCAGCCACCCAAACCCGGUUGCCACAGGCGGAGAAUUUGGAUGAGGGCAGAACGCCGGUCGAGGGCAACCUGCAAAAUCCGUCCGAUGCGCUUCUGAUACUCGCCAAUGCUGCCAACGAAGAUGGUACCGAAGCGACAUCGCCGGAGUCCGUCUUUUCGCGCGGACGUUCCUCAGGCUUUCCUGCAUCGCUACAACAAAAUGCAAAUGCCACCUAUGCUCCUCUGGAGAGAGGCAUGCUGACGUUGGAGCUGUUGCAUCAUUUACUGGACCGCUAUUCUCACCACUAUCAUUCCUUCCUGCCCAUUGCCCCACGAUCUGUUUUGCAAUUGAACUCAUUGCCCACAACUAUUGAGGAAGACUCGUUUCUCCUAACAGCCGUUCUGGUAGUAGCCUCUCAAGAUCGCCCAGACCUAGUAUAUUUCCACACCUCAAUAUGGCAGUACAUGCGCCAGCUGAUACUUGAUUUGGUAUUCGGCGCCAAGCAUACCCAAUCAGUCGGGUGUGUAGAAGGUCUCUUGAUAUUGGGAGAAUGGCAGGGCACCUCUAUCCUGGAAUCUCAAAAAGACAGCAACGGCGAAGGAGCUUCGUGGUCAAUCAUAGGUCUGGCGGUGCGCUUGGCCUACGCACUCAGGCUCGAAGAAAGCUCAUUCAAGGGUACACGCACACCCGACGAUCAGAUGCUCAGGAGUCGCCUCGCAUGGACCUUUACGUACCUUUCAGACCGCCAGAUAUCCAUACGAAUGGGCCAGGCAUUUUGGUGUCGGGGCCCAGCACUCUCGGCACGUUUCACCGCCGCUGACUUUCCGUCGCUACAACCAAAGUUCUCUUACGAAGAAGACCUUUCAUCAUUAUUGGAAGCGCAAGUAGAGCUCACCACUUUAUUCGGGAAUGCUCAUGACAUACUCUUUGCUUCAAAAUCAAGGACAGCGGAGCUCAUGGUGCGUGGCGAUUAUACCAAGUACAUUGAUGAUACCAUGAAAGCCGUCGCAGCAUGGAAGCGGUGCUGGUCCGCUAUAUCCGCCUCGAGACAUCUCAAAGCUUGUCUGAUGCUAAUGUACCAGUACUUGAAGCUCUAUGUCAAUGCAUUUGCGUUCCAGGCCGUCUUGUACAGGGCUUCACUACGAAAGAAUGAGUCUGGUCGCCUUACAUUUCCCGCAUCUGCCAUGGCGAGUCCGGAUGCACGACACAUAUACCAGGCACUCGAGGCAGCUGAGGAUCUCCUCAAGACUGUGAUUGACGAUAUUGACCCAGAGAAAGGUCUUCGAUUCAUGCCCACACGCUUCUAUCUAUAUGAAAUCCAUUCUGCCGUCUUCAUCUUCAAAGCAAGAGUCGCCGGUGCAAUCUCCAAUGACGACCAUGACAGGCUGGUGGAGAUGAUGAGACGAUUUGUUUCAAGUCUUGAUCGCGCCAGCACUGGUGAAAGGCAUAUUGCAUCAAGGUAUUCCAAAUUAUUGCAAAGGCUGUGGUUCGAAGAAACCGCUUCCGCAGCACAUGGUUCAACGGAUCCGCAUACAUCUCACCAAGAUGUCCUCAGUACCCAUACUCAAUUAAAUCCACCAUUGGGCAACGGUGCUGAUACCCUGACUACAACUGAUAAUCUUGGACUUCAAUACUUUGAUUUCAUGGACUCCACGGAUGGGCUCUUUUCGAUGCCUCUCAUACCUACCAUGGAACAGCCAAUGUUUGAUGGUUAG